AUGUUGGGAAGCGGGGGGGUUUCGGAUGGGUACGAGAUGGUGGGCUCAAAGAGACAGAGAAUGAUCGAAUCCAAUCCCUACUUUGCUGCAGUGACCGCCAAUGCUGCAGCCGUGACCGGCUUCCAAGUUCAGCCAUACGCCUAUGCCUCCUCCGCUGCUGCUGCUGGAAUCCAGGCGCCUCCUUUCCCUGUGGUCCGCCUUAGGGGCCUGCCAUUCAACUGCACUGAUAUCGACAUCUUCAAGUUCUUCGUCGGGCUUGACAUUGUUGAUGUGCUCCUGGCCAACAAGAACGGACGAUUCACGGGUGAGGCUUUCGUUGUGUUUGCAAACUCGAUCCAGGUCGAAUUUGCCCUGCAGAAGGACCGCCAGAACAUGGGGCGGAGAUACGUCGAGGUCUUCAGGUGCAAGCGACAGGACUACUACAAUGCAGUUGCUGCUGAGGUGAACUAUGAGGGGAUCUAUGAUAAUGACUACCAUGGAAGCAGCCCUCCUCCAACUCGAGGGAAGAGGUUCGAAGAUAAGGAGCAGAUGGAGUACACCGAGAUUUUGAAGAUGCGAGGUUUGCCCUUCUCGGUAAAGAAACCUGAGAUCGUCGAGUUCUUCAGGGACUACCAGCUGGUGGAAGAGAGGGUUCAUAUAGCUUGCCGCCCUGAUGGGAAGGCUACCGGUGAAGCAUUUGUGGAGUUCGUAUCAGCAGAGGAGGCAAAAAGAGCAAUGAACAAAGACAAGAUGACGAUUGGGAAGAGGUAUGUUGAGUUGUUCCCUUCGACCCCGGAUGAAGCCAGACGAGCCGAGUCGAGGUCUAGACAGUGA